UUUUGGUUUCUAGGCGGAUUUGAGGAGUGAACGUGAGAACUCUAUGGCUCAGAAGGAGAUUGUGGAUCUUCAGAAACAGGUCACAGUUCUUCUCAAGGAGUGUCGUGAUAUACAACUUCGGUGCGGGUCUACUGGGCAUGAUGAUGCUGAUGAUUGCACAGCAAUUAUUGCUGUUGAGAUGGAUGUGCUGUCUGAUGCUGAAAAAGUAAUUUCAGGACGCCUUGUAAGUUCAUGUUCUCAAAUUUUAAGCUUGGACAUUGAAAUUUUACCUAUUUGUUUGUUUUCUGUGCUUAGCUUUUUAUCUUUUCCUUUUCUAAGUGGGGAGGAUUGGCUGUGCACAUAA